AAGAAAGUAGUGACCACAUAGCUCUGAUUACUUUGAAUGUGUUUUGGAGGGACGUGGAACUGUUGCCACUGGCCGUGCGGAACUGUUGCCACUGGCCGUGUGGAACAAGGGACAAUUAAAGUUGGGGAGGAAGUUGAGAGUUUGGGAUUGAUGCAGGAGAAUAUAUAAAAUUAGUUUUGGGAACUCUGAAAUCUUCAGCAACUGGUGUUGAGAUGUUCAAGAAAAUCUUGGAUUUUGGACAGGCGGGCAACAAUGUCGGUCUGCUUCUACGUGGCUUAAAGCGGGACGAUGUGCAGCGAGGACAGGUGAUUGCGAAGCCUGGUUCUUUGAAAACAUACAAGAGGUUUGAGGCAGAGAUAUAUGUCCUCACAAAAGAUGAAGGUGGACGCCAUACUGCCUUUUUCUCAAAUUACAGGCCUCAGUUCUGUAUGCGACCUGCAGAUAUUACUGGUAAAGUGGAGUUACCUGAAAAUGUUAAGAUGGUUAUGAUGCCUGGAGACAAUGUGACUGCUGUGUUUGAGUUGAUUUACUCAGUCCUCUUGAAGCUGAACAAAGAUUUGGCUCGAGGGAGGGAGGUAGAACAGUUGGUGCAGGGGUAGUUUCCAAAGUACUUAGCUGAGUUAUACUGGCAACUGGAACUUUGAGAGGCUUUUUCUAUCUGUUUUUUUUUCCCAAAAUGGGAGGGGUGAGAACCAAAGACCCAAUCGUUGUAUCUUGGAAGCAAAUGCUGCAUUACCGUGUGUAAUUGCUGAACGGAAAAGAGAACUUCUCAAUGCUCUUUCUGUGGUGCAGAAUUUGGUCAAAAUAUAUGUGAUUAUUUUUGGAUUUGUUCAUCUGUAUCAUUCAUGAAUAAUUUUCUAGGUAAGCAGUCCUGGUGUUUGACUGGUUUCAAGAUGUUGCCAACACACAUUACAGGCAAUAAUUUUUGCUAGAAAUCUACCUUCUGCUUUGC